AUGCAGCUGGAGCCGACCCUGGCAAGUGUUCGAGUGGUAACCGGCGAACACGCCGAAGUUGAGGCGCUAUGUCACGUCGUACAAAUGCUGCAUGAAUUUGUGUUCCCGGGUUACGCGUUGGUCAGAGCAGCUGAGCAAGGCUCUUUCCGGCUGUUCACUGGGACACUGCGCUUUGUAGAUUACAGCUCCAGUCUAAGCCACUUUGAGAAACUCCAGCAUUACCGGCUCGCAAUGCAUGUCGUCCCGACUAAAAUGAUGCCAAAGCAAGACGCUUUAGCUGCGAUGGAGCAAUUGUAUCAACGCCACCCCGAGUCUCUGGACAAUGAAUCAGUGUCUGCCAUUCUCGAGGCUUGUGACCUUCCAAUGUUGCAGUGGCUGCAUCGUUGUAAAGGUUCGAAAGUGUUCACCAACGGCCAUCGGACGGAAAUGAUACUCUUUGAUAACGCCUCGACCCUUGGACGUAUGGAUGUGGUUCAAUGGUUUGUGCGGACAUUCCCGGAAGUUGUGUGCGAUCUUUCGUGUGCCGCCAGAGAGGGGUACGUCGAUCAGCUUAAAUGGCUAGUGGAGAACGCCAAAUGGAAUCAAUCUUCAAUUGGGUGGGCCGCUAGCGCAGCUGCUACCUCGAGACUGUUAAAUUCUUGGUUGCAAUAA